AUGGGCCAUAACUCUUCCUACACUUGGAAAGGAAUUUGGGAAGCAAAAAAUAUGUUGAUGAAAGGGUGUCAAUGGAGGAUUGGGAAUGGGGCUACUGCUCGGAUUUGGCAAGAUAACUACGUUCCUGGCUAUCAAAGUUUAAUGUUGGAGGAGACUGGCAGUGCAGAAAGGGAUUUUUCAGCAAGAGAAGCAUCUUUGAUAGAUAUAGAGACAGGCUGGUGGGAUGUCUCCAGGGUUAGAGCUCUAUUCAAUCCAAAAAUAGCUUCAGAUGUAAUGAAAAUCCUUCUUAGUCCAAGGCAACAUGAAGAUGUAUGGAUGUGGCGGCAUGAGAAAAAUGGGGCUUUCAGUGUUCAAAAUGGAUAUCGAUUUUUUAAGAAUCUUACAAAUGGUGAUACUGCUGAGAGUUCAAACGCCCAUGAAGAGCAGAAAAUGUGGAAACCCAUUUGGAAAAUGAGGGUCCCCAAUAAAGCUGGAGUAGGCGCUGUGCUUAGGGAUGAGAAAGGAAAUGUUCUUAUGGCUAUAAGUAAAUCUAAGCAUGAGCUUCAUGAACCAACGUCUGUUGAGUUACUAGCCAUGUUACGAGGUCUGAAGUUUAUUUUGCAUUUAGGGAUUUCCAAAGUCGUGUUAGAGUGUGAUUGUUUACUCAUGGUGGAAGUUUUGGCUAAUUCUGAGGAUUCCUUAUCAAGCCAAGGCAACCUAUUAAAGGAGGUUAGAAAUCUGCUCAGUCAUUUCAACGAGUAUCAAGUUCAACAUGUAAUUAGAGGUGGAAAUCAGGUUGCUAGGUCAGUCUAUGAUUUGGAGAUGUGGAUGGGAUCUGUCCCUUCUUAUCUACAUCAAUAUAUCUGA